UCAAUUUGGCUAAAACGUGACUCGAUACAUGAUCCCGGUUGGCUUUCACCGGUCGGAGAACAUAACAGACCAUCGGAGAACCCCAAGGCCACCUCAUGGGCUUAUGCCUCCAGGGUAUGGGCCCUAAGCCUGAAUCAUGAGCGCAUGUCUUUGGGCUGUUGGGCCACCAAGAAGCCUCUAAGUCCAAAUCUGGGCUUGUAGUCAUAUUAGGUCAGUUAGGGUUAUUUGUAUUUGGGUAAGCUUAUGGAUGUACAGUGAUAUUGGGUCCGAGGUGUCCAUCAACAUCUCUGUCUUUGCCUUGAAAAAAACCCCAAGAGAAAAUAGAAAAAGUCCUCAGCUUCUUGUCAACUUGUCUGUUACGUAAGCCCAACUUGCAUUUAUGGGCUUACUUCUUUUUCAAAUUCUUAGGAGCCGAACUGGAUUUAUAUGCCCAACUCCAUCCUCCUACGGCCCAGAUUUCUUGAGGAUGUCUGUCACGUCAUCACACUUGGACACUCUUAACCCAACAAAAAUCACAUGAUAUCCCCUACAGUACCUGCCUAAUAGAGGGCAUGUAAGUCAUUUUAAUAAUCCUGAAAAAGUUAAAAAAUAAAGUAAUAAAUAUUUGAAAUUAUAAUAAUGGUUGUUUUUUAAAAUAUUUUUUAUUUUAAUUGAUUUUUUUUAUAUUUUUUAAAAUGUAUUCUCAACCUUAUUAUUUUAAAAUAAUUUAAAGACAAAAACAAUUAAUUUAAAAAACAAUUUAAAUUUUUUCGACGUAAGAAAUAAACACUGUCUACGUCAUGAAUAAGGCGGGAUCAGCCAAAUUCUGUCUCCCACUCACUCACUCACUCACUCACACACACAAACCCUUAUCUCCCUUCAUAUUCUAUCAAAACACCAAAAUUAGAAGCUGAAAAAGAACGAGAAAAAAAAAUCAAGAUAACUCAAAGCCCUCUACUCUCUCAGAAACCUAAGCAUCUCCAAUUUUUUUUUUUCAAAUGGAAAUUUCUUCAAGGACUUGCUUUCCUUUCCUAUCCACCGAAACGGUGCCGCUUCUCAAGCCUCCAUUUCAUACAUCCUCUCCUUCUCUCAGGAUUCUGGCUGCGCGUCCUGUUAACCUGCGCAUGGGGCGUACUGUUGUUACCUGCGCUACGGCGUCGACUGGCAACCGCGCUCCCAGCGGCAUAAUGAAGCCGAAGCGAGUCUCACCUGAAAUGGCAGACUUUGUUGGCGCUCCUGAGGUCUCUCGCACCCAGGUUCUCAAGCUUAUCUGGGCCCAUAUAAAGGAGCGCAAUCUUCAGGACCCUAGUAACAAGAAGAACAUAAUUUGCGACGAGAAGUUGAAGAAGAUAUUUCCUGGUAGAGACCAGGUCGGAUUUCUUGAGAUUGCUGGGUUGAUUAGUCCUCACUUCCUCAAAUGAAGUUCAAGGGGAUGAACUCCAGUCUUCGUGGGUCAUCUUUCCUUCCUGUGGCAGGGCUAUCUUUUUUGUUGAUGAUAAUAGCCAAAAUUAUGCCUGCUGCUGUCGGCAAUUUCUGUUUUUAGUUCAAUUUAGUACUUGCUUACAGAACUAGCCUUGUUAAGGAUUUUGCUUAUGGAUCCCCUAAAUAGUAGGAUUUUCAAGAUGA